AUGCCUUGCCCCCACAAACGAACCACAUCAACACAGGACCAUAAACCUGGGGAUGAAAACAACCCAAAUAGCUCUCAGGCCGCAUCAGGAAUCGUUCCCGCUAGGAGAUUGACUGACGAGGAGGAGCUGAAAAGAGCUCAGAAAAUUGCUGAAAAUGCUGUGAGUUCAAGCUACCAGUCGUAUCACAUACCCAAACUUUCCAACCAAAAGGACAAGUACGGAAGGAGAAUGAUUGCAUAUACUUGCAAAAUCAAUCUCCUUAAGCACGCAUCAAUCUGUCAACGUAAAGAGAAAGAAAGCAAAGAAAACCGACAGUUGGCCGAUCAUGGAUUUACAGCAAGUGGGAAGAUCCAUCCAAAGGAGGUGCCACAGUUAUGCGCCAUCUGGUGCGCCCAAGCCGCACGGCCAUUCUCGGCACUGACCGAUGCAAGCCAUAAAGCCAUCCUUCAUCAAACGGUUGUUAAGAACUUACUGACCCCACGCGGUGUAUCAAAUGACAUCCAUAUGCUCUACUUGGCUAUACAAAACAACUACCACAAUGUUUUGAAUACGCAUAAUGGUGCAAUGUAUCUGGGUGUUAACUAG